AUGCCCGUGCCCUCCUCCACGCGCUGCCCCGCCGGACCUCUCCUGCAGCCCGAGUCCCUCUCCCCGCGCGCCUGUCUCCUCUUGCUGAUCUGCCUCACCACCGGAGCUCCUUCGCCCGAGCACCCAUGGAGAGGGCCUCCCGAGCCCCCUCGCGUCGUGCCAGUCGCCGAUGCUCCGACGGGAUCAAGCCACCGGAGCUCCUGCACCAACCCUGCCGUCGCCGCUCCACGCCCCAAGUCCCUCGCCUCGCCGCCCUUUCGCCCGCUCGUCGGAGCUCUGCUCCAGGCGCCGCCCGCAGCUCCCUGCAUCGAACAGGAGAACGAGCGCACGAGCAGCGCUCGCGUUGACCGCGCCCUUGCCCAGCGGCCUCGCUCGGCCUGCCUCCACCAACUGGGCCUCAACCCAUGGGUUGCCCGAGUCCUCCCUCGCUCCCUGGUCCUCUCCCGUGCUGCGCCGCCUCCCUCCUCCACGCUCCUCCGCCCGCCUCCCAUCCCCGAUUCCACCUCUGCCGCUCUUGCUCCCGCCCCGCCGCGCGCGUACCUGGACGUCUUGAUGACUCGUGUUGAGGGUGACGGUCAGGCUUGGCCGAAGCAGCCCCUGCCUGCGAGCUCGUCCUCCCGCCCCGCUGAUGGUUCCUCUUCCCGCUCCGACCGCGGUGAGGGUGGCCGUCCGUCGCGUUCCUCGGAGGUCUACCCAGGCACCUCUCUGCGUCGCCCUCCGCGGCCCCGCGACCCUCGCCUCCCGCUCCCGGGUUCGCCGGGCGAUGCUCGCCGCUGGGAAGAUGAACGGCUGCGGCGGGACGACCUGGAGCAUGAGAGCUCCCUCCGGGCGGAGCUGGUGGCUCGCCCGCUGCUGGCGGCUCGGGACAGGGACCCCCCGGCCCCCCGGGCGCUGGAUGCUCGGGAUUCGUCCUACCAGGCCGAGGUGGGUGACUGGUGUUGGGGGCGGGAUGCCUCUGCGCAAGAUGACCGCCUGGAUGAUGGGUCGCACGGGUCGCGUGCUUCUGCUCAUGCACGUGGGGAUGACCGGCGGCAGUCUCGUGAGGGUGGCCGUCGGGAUGACCGUCGCCCUGCUCGGUCGGAUGGCCCGGCGUGGCGUCGGGAUGACCCGCCCCCCGGGCCGAAAUCCCCGGGGCGCCGGUAUGCUGAGGCUCCUGCGGUGACGGUCCAGGCUAAGAAGAAGAAGCAUAAGAAGAAGGUGGUUGUGGUGGAUUCUGGGGUGGCCGUCGGUCCUGCUCCGACCGGGGUUCCUGAGCAGGCGGCUCCAGAGUCCCCUUCUCGGGUCGGUCGCCCCAGGACUCGUGAGGAGACCAUGUGCAUUAACUGCGACUGUGUGGGGCAUUUUCGCUUGGAGGGUGAGGCUCCUCCCCGAUGCCCCACGACCCUAGCAUACCUUGGGUACGGGACUGAGAGGGGUGGUUUCUACUACGUGGAUGCCGAGAUUGAGGAGGAGGCGGUUCGGCCACACUUGGCGACAGUCACUCUGGCCCCCGAGCAGGUCCUGCCGUCUGGGGUGGUGAUCUCGGCCGACCUCAUCCAGGCUGAGCUCGCCGCCUACAUCGGCUACUUCCGUGGCUCCGAUUUCACCUCGGAGGUGACUGAGACGGCCCCCCUCGUCUUCUCGGUCCCCUUCCCUAAGCUGCUCCGUGUGUGUUCCCACGACUUCGUCCGCUGCCCCAUCAGCAAGAUCCUGAUCUCCGUUCGUGCUACUGAUGCAGAGCCAGACCCGGUGCCUUCCAUGGAGUAG